AUGGACGAGAAGAUGAUAGCAUCGCAUCACCUCCACAUUGUGGAGCUGCCUCCAUCUUCGGAAUCUUGCGAGGAGAUCAAGAAGCCGUUGAGUCGGCCAUGGAGACCCUCCGUUUUCCGGAUAGGACCACUCAUUGGCCUUGUUGCCCUGCUGUUCGCGUUCCUGCAGGUUUUUGCGACAUGCAGUAUCCUCUUGGCCUCCGACGGCGAUAUGGUCAAGAACUGGCGCUACCAGCCGUCGGUGUAUCUGGCCACUCUGACAGCCAUUUCGAACAAGUGUCUGCAAUUCGCAACGAUACAAGGGACUGUGGUCACGUUCUGGUUGAAAGCGAUCAAAGGCACGACGCUUGGACAGCUGCACCGAGAUUGGGGCUUUGGUCUGUAUACCUACAAGGCACUCACCGCGGGUCGCCAUUUCAAUCUCCUCGCCUUUGCAUGUAUCGCAGCAACUUUUGUCGUUAUGGAUGGCCCUCUUCUCCAGCGAGCAUCAACAGUGCACCUCAGUACAGUCGACCACACAUUCAAUUUGAGUGUCUCCAUCACGCCGGAGAUUCCCGCAUAUUGGACCGGCACAGUCGGGUUCUACCUGAUGCCCCUUGUCGAAAGCUUGCAGUUCCAGAACCAUUUUCUGCCGGUGUACUACGAAUUUGGCGCCGGUGCACCAAUGCGCGGAGCGAUCGUAGGGUGUCCAUCACAGUCGACUUGUCGGGCACUCGUCCGUGGGCCUGCCCUUGCUGUGGAUAACUGUACGUCUGUCUCAGAGCCUAGGGAUUUCAAGAGCCUCAUGUCCAAGACACAGGCGAAAGACUUUGCACAAGGAUGCAUGUGGUGGGUCAAUUUCGGUCCAUUCUCCAGGCCUGAGGAAGAUCAAGUGGUUUUCAAACAAAAGUUCUCCAUCUUCAACGGAACCACUGAGUCUUUCUUGUACGAGACCACAAUCAGCGAUGAAGAUGUGGCCAGGAGUUGCGUGGGCCACGUCAAUACCACCAGCUGCUACAUGGUCUCCGCUGUAGGUGAAUACGAAGUUGAGAUCACCGACGGCGUCGUCACAUUCGCGGAACCCCCGAGCUACCCUCGGAUCGUCGCCAGGGCAAACAACACUGCGCUGACCGACAAGACAGUCGCAGACUUCCAGCUGGCAAUCAACCAUGUGGAUAAUGCGAUCAAUACAACCUUGGGAGGAAUCGCUGAAGGUGCUGGCCUCGCAUAUUACACGAACGAGGGCCUGGUGACGAUUCCUGGAGAGAACCGAGAGGUGCCUUCUCGGCCGGGACUGUCCCCUAAUCCGAGUCUUUACACGUUCCAGCACAUCACAAACUAUGCGGAGAUGUUUUCUUCUGAUGCUGAUUGCGCGCCCGCUUGGCGAGAUCCUCGGGAUGGCAUCAUGGCAAAGCUGAACGAGCUUAUGUUUCGCACCGGAGUGUACGUGGCACAGCACUACGACGACGAUUACCUGCGACCGCUCCUCGAUGAGGGGCUGGAGAGCAACUCCACCGUGCCAGGAUCGCUCAUAAGUCCAGUCGAAGUUUUCCAUUCCGACAUGAGCUACUUCGCUGGCGCGGCGGCUGUCCAGCUACUUGCUAUUCUGGCAAUACUGGUCACGUUCUACGGCUGGUGGGAUCUCGGCCGCUCUGCGACGUUGAGUCCUCUGGAGAUUGCAAAGGCUUUUGAUGCGCCGAUGCUCGUCGACGUGUUGGGCAACAGCUCUGGCAACGAGAUCGCAAAGGUGGAAGGCUGUCGGAAGGUCAAAUACGGGGCCAUCUCGAAUGGAGCUUCUGAAGCUGGAUCCUUUGAACCUUCCGAGAGGCAGAGACUUGGUAUUGCAGACAUGGAGGAUGUGUCAAAACCGAACGGUCACCGAACCACGCUGCGAGAGCACUUCUGUUCGUUCAAUUCAACGAUCGCGCGGAGGCGGAAGUCUGUGAAGCGAGAGCGGUGA